UUGAUAUUGUCAAUCGGUCAAGCAUCCUCUUGUGCAUCCUCCUCCUCGUCCUCCUCGUCGUCCUCUUGCCUUGCUCCACCCGUGUUCCACCUUUGACGUCCGCCCAUCCUUCAUGGGUGCUUGCUUGGAUGCGUAUCAUCUAGCAUGGAGGUGACUCCGGAUGCGGCUCACGGGUCGGGGACCGAAAUGUCCGUUUCAUCCUCAUCGCCCUCGUCGGCGGUGGCGACCACCCCGGAGCGGUUAUUCACCUUGAAGAAAUGGCACUGUGUGGCCAUGUGGUCGUGGGACGUGGAGUGCGACACUUGCGCCAUUUGUCGCGUUCAGGUGAUGGAACCGUGUUUGCGAUGCCAGGCUGAGGCCAAGGGCGAUAAGGCCUCCAUGAGCGGCGCUUUUAAAGAUUGUGUGGUGGUUUGGGGUGAAUGCAACCACUCGUUCCAUCAAUGCUGCAUGAGUUUGUGGGUCAAGCAGAACAAUCGAUGUCCCUUGUGCCAACAAGAAUGGACCGUGCAGAAACUGGGCAAAUAA